AUGACUCCCCGGGAGCACAUGAGGAARAUGUCCAUCCUGGGGGAACAGGGACCACUGGAGGAAAAGCACCUGUACCGAYUGGCAGGAGGCAUGGCAGCAGGAGAACUGCGGCAGCGGCAGGAGAUGCUAAUGAGGAAUCAGCUGAUGGCAGUGAACCCGCAGCUGAUGGGGCCGGGCCAGCAGAGGAUGCAAGCGAUCCCCUCCCAGUUUGAGCCGCGACUGGUUGACAGAGACCUGUUACCUUCAACUGAAAUGAUGGCCUCAGCUGACCCCAGACAAAUCCACAUAGCAUCCCACCUGGGACCCACAGUSCCACAGCACCCGAACAUGCCAAACCUGCUGUCCAACCGUGUCUACCCAGGCCCAGGAUACAGCUUUCUACARCCAGAAUCCAUGGAAGCUGUGGCCAGAAGACAAGAACUGGUUCAAAAACAGAAUAUUGCCAGRAUGGAAAUGGAGAUGAGUGCCAUUUUUCAGCAAAAGGAAAUGGAGAAGGCCCAUCGGAAAGGACUCCUGGGCCUGGAAKCCCCUUUCCUUUACCAUGGGAUACCAGCGAGUCCGAUUGCUUUCCGUGGCAGGCACAGACUGCCUGAAGGGCACCUUUCCAACGAUGUGUAUGUUCAUCGUACCACCCUGGAUGAAAUCCAUGGCAACACCAUGCUCAUGGCAACCAGCCCGUACCCUCCAGUCACCACACUGCAGAGGGAGAGAGGGCGCCGGCCAGGGAGAAGGGCAGGAAAUCACAAAACUGCYGAGGGCAGUGCCAAUGGCACAAAGACCCAGGCAGAUGACAAAUCCACGGACUCUGCCUCAGCUGCAGUGGAUGAUGAGAAAGAAGACAAGAAAGAAGUAGAGAUGGAGACACCAAACAAACACGAGCAGAGCAAAAAUCAGACAGAGCCGUCUGCAGUUGCCAAAAACUGCAAAGAGUUUGAACAAGGCUUGAGAAAAAAUUGUGCUACUCAUGAAAUUCCUACAGAAACCACCACCUGCAGCAACACAAACGAGAAGGAAGCCAAUAGCUCCUGUGCUGCUUUUGAUGACAAGUACCUGUACCCUUCUGCAAUCCCAUUCUCAGCRUUACCAUAUGGAUUUCCAGUACCCAACAACCCAUUGCUACCUUCAGGAGCACAUGGUCUGAUCCUGAAUGGAGAAGAUAUUUCUUCCRUCGAAGACAUUCGCAAGUGGACAGUUGAUGACGUGCACAACUUCAUUGUCAGCCUCCCAGGCUGCUCAGAUUAUGCCCAGAUUUUUAAAGACCACGCUAUUGAUGGAGAAACCCUUCCACUGCUAACAGAGGAACAUCUCCUGGAUACAAUGGGAUUAAAACUCGGACCAGCAUUAAAAAUCCGCUCUCAGGUGUCCCGACGUCUGGGCAAUGUGUUCUACAUGAUGAACGUCCCUCUGUCUGUGCCUCUGCCUCCUGCUCCAGGGAAACCCUCAGAGCAGCCCUCUGACAUGGCCUCUCCUCUGCACUGCAACAGCAGUGGUGACACACUGGACAGUCCCUGUUCCCAGGACCCAGAAACUUCCCAAGCAGUGGAACAAAUUGUUUCAGAAAGCAGGGAAAACCCAUGUGAUGCAGCUGGAUCCCAGGCUGACUUCCAGAUGAUUGCUUUCCAGAAAAGUUGA